CAGUAAUAGUAUUGGAGUUAAAAUCACUCAAAUCUCUUCUGUCUUUUCCCUUCCUUCUAAGUUCUAACAUGUCAAGAUGUUUAAUAGUUGUCCUCCACUUUCACAACAGUUAAAAUCCAGUUUUCUUGCUCCAGUGUUUUCAACUUCUGAGCUAUCUCUCAGCUCCAUCCCAUCCCAAGAAUUCUUUACUUCAUGCAACUUGGGAUUCCUUUUUUUUUCUUUUAUUUUGACAAAUGCAUUAAAUGGUCUAUGAAAACUUUUGACAGAAAAAAAAAAAAGCCCAGGAAAAAGAGACAAAUGAAACAGCAUUCCCAAGUUGAAAGAAAGCACUGUGCAGUGUGCCGUGUAAAUAGUUAAACGAAGAAAUCAAAAGGCACACAACAUUGUGUUAUUGUCUUUAGUGCUGCAUUUAUAUGUUUAAAAUUUUAAAAGCUUGUUGUCAGUGAAUCUUCACAUUCUUUCUCAUUUCAGCAUUCAUUUCCCUCCACAAGAACUCACCUCUCUCUCUUCCUCAUUUCCUCUACUUCAAGGGAAGAGAAAACCCAAAAGAAAAAUAGAAAAAUGAAAGCUAUCUCAGCUCCGAAGUGUCUGUUGAAAUGCCUGCUGCUGCUGCUGGUUUCAGUUGUUCAGCAUUCACAUUGCAGUGUCAGUUAUGAUAGAAAGGCUCUCAUCAUCAAUGGGCAGAGAAGAAUUCUGUUUUCUGGCUCCAUUCAUUACCCAAGAAGCACCCCUGAUAUGUGGGAAGGGCUUAUUCAGAAGGCUAAGGAUGGAGGUUUGGAUGCUAUAGACACUUAUGUAUUCUGGGACCUCCAUGAACCUUCACCUGGAACUUACAAUUUUGAGGGAAGAUAUGAUUUGGUUAGAUUCGUAAAGUUGGUCCAGAAAGCAGGGCUUUACCUACAUCUUCGCAUUGGGCCUUACAUUUGUGCAGAAUGGAAUUUUGGAGGGUUCCCCGUUUGGUUGAAGUAUGUUCCGGGCAUUAGCUUCAGAACCGACAAUCAACCUUUCAAGAUGGCAAUGCAAAGAUUUACUGAGAAAAUAGUCCAAAUGAUGAAGACUGAGAGGCUGUUUCAGUCUCAAGGAGGCCCAAUCAUUCUCUCCCAGAUCGAAAACGAGUACGGUUUAGAGAGCAGGAACUUUGGUGCCGCCGGUCAUGCAUACAUGUCUUGGGCUGCAAAAAUGGCCGUCGAUUUAGGUACCGGUGUGCCGUGGGUUAUGUGUAAAGAAGACGACGCCCCUGAUCCAGUGAUCAACACUUGCAAUGGUUUUUACUGCGACUAUUUUUCCCCAAACAAACCUUACAAGCCAACAAUGUGGACAGAAGCUUGGACUGGCUGGUUUGAAGAAUUUGGUGGGCCAAUUCAUCAUCGCCCGGUAGAAGACUUGGCAUUUGCUGUUGCUAGGUUCGUCCAGAAAGGAGGCUCCUUCAUAAACUACUAUAUGUAUCAUGGAGGAACCAAUUUUGGAAGAACUGCUGGAGGUCCCUUUAUUACCACCAGCUAUGACUAUGAUGCUCCAAUUGAUGAAUAUGGUGUACUUAGACAGCCUAAGUAUGACCAUCUAAAGGAGCUUCAUAAGGCAAUAAAGUUAUGUGAGCAUGCUUUGGUUGCCGCUGAUCCCACUGUUACUCCUUUAGGAAACUACGAGCAGGCACACGUGUUUUCUUCAAAAUCAGGGCAGUGUGCAGCAUUUUUAUCGAAUUACCACUGGGAUGCAAGUGCAAGGGUGAGGUUCAAUAACAUGUACUAUGAUCUGCCUCCCUGGUCAAUCAGCAUACUACCCGACUGCAAAAAUGUUGCUUUUAACACUGCCAUGGUUAGGUCUAAAAAGUCUUGGCCUCAAAUGCUACCUACCAAUGUGCGGAUGCUCUCAUGGGAAACGUUCAAUGAAGACGUAUCCGCCAGCGAAGUUGAUGCUAAAUUUUCAGUUCCUGGUCUUUUGGAGCAGUUAAACGUCACCAGAGAUGCUAGCGAUUAUCUAUGGUACACGACCAGCAUCGAGAUAAGUCCGACUGAAUCUUUUCUACAUGGAGGACGACGCCCAAUUCUCACCGUAGAUUCUGCAGGCCAUGUCUUGCACGUAUUCAUAAAUGGGCAACUUUCAGGAUCGGCCUUUGGGACUCAGGGGAAUAGAAAAUUCACUUUCACAAGAGCUGUCAACUUGCAUGCUGGAAUAAACAGCAUUGCUCUACUCAGUGUAGCUGUUGGAUUGCCGAACGACGGCCAUCGUUUUGAAACAUGGAGCACGGGAGUCCUCGGACCAGUCGUCUUACAUGGGGUUGACCACGGAACAAGGGACUUGUCCAGGCAAAAAUGGUCAUACAAGGUUGGACUUAAAGGAGAAGCCAUGGACUUAGCUUCCCCGAGUAAAAUUUCUUCCAUUGAUUGGUCGAAAGCAUCCUUUCUAGAGAACAAGCAACAGCCACUUACAUGGUACAAGGCUUACUUCAGUGCACCACUAGGAAACGAGCCGUUGGCCUUGGACCUCAGCAGCAUGGGCAAAGGCCAAGUGUGGAUCAAUGGCCAGAGCAUCGGGAGAUACUGGACCGCUUAUGCAAAAGGCCAAUGCAACACUUGCAGCUAUGCAGGCACAUUCCGGCAGGCAAAGUGCCAAUCCGGCUGUGGAAAACCCACUCAAAGAUGGUAUCACGUUCCUCGUUCGUGGUUGAAGCCAACUGGAAAUUUGUUGAUAGUGUUCGAGGAAAUUGGUGGUGAUGCUUCAAGAAUUUCUCUGGUUCAGAGAUCUGUAACAUAUGUAUAGAGAAGUAAGAAGGCUCCCAUUUUUAGUUAGAGCCAUGUAAUGUAUGCAAGUCAAAAAGUAUGAAGAGAGAUGAGACCUUUGUUUUGUAAUCAAAGUUAAGGGUUUCUGUUGUGUUAACAUAUACGCCAUUCUUUGUAAAUUGGAUCCAUUUGAAAACAGAAGUGUUUCUUGAGGAAAUUAAGGUCCUAAUUGUUUGUAUUUUCA